AUGUUAUUUAUGCUUGAAAAAAAUAAAACUCUAACAGAAAAAGAUAUUAAAAAAAUUAAUAAAGAUGUAACAACCUCAAGUAAAAUAUCAGGUGUUCAACUUUUUGAAUUACAAUUAAAAACAGUUGAAACUGUUCGAAAAAUCCUUCAAAAGAAAGAUCCAGAAAUACGUCCUUUUGAUAAUCUUAAUGGAAGAAAUGUAAGAAGAAAAGUCAAACAUGUUAUAAUUACAGUAGCAUUACUUAAUGAUAUAGAAAAAUUACAUAAAUCAGAAUCUCAUCAUACAUUAGUUUUAUAUUCUGGUUCUGAAAAUUAUGAAUCACUUUAUAAUUCACUUGUUCCCUUAGUUUCAGAUUUUCAAAAUUUAAAAGAAAAUGGAUUUCAUCAAAUUGGUGAUAUUAUUUGGAAUGUAGAACUUUAUUUCAAUUCUGAUUGA